AUGGAGAACUGUAAACAAUCAUUUAAAGAUUUGCUUCACACGAUAGCCAAGGAACAGAAGUUUGUCGACUACAGUUUAGACAUCAAGGAAAUAUCAAGUGGAGGAGCAAACUAUACGUCCAAGUUGUUCUCGGUGACUGUCACUGAGGGCACCAAAAAACUUCAGCUGUUCUGUAAAGUCGCAGCUAUCGGCGAACAGAUGCGAGCUCAGAUGGAUAAAAUAUACACAACAGAACACUUUUUCUACACAAAACUUGCAAAAAUGUACCGAAAUAUUGAAGACCAGUGUGGGGUACCAGAUGAACUUAAACUAAACGUGACCAAGUACUACGGAAGUACUAUCCAGCUCAAUGAAGAAGUGAUGGUGCUGGAGGACCUCGUAGCUACCGGGUACGAGAACUACGACAGGUUCAAGUCGAUAGAUUGGCCGUACGCGCAGGCUGCGGUCCGGGAACUGGCCAAGUUCCAUGCAUGCGCCUGGGCAUACGGUAAACAAGAACCUGAACAGUUUGAAGAAAUAUUGAAAGAAAUGACGUUUAAUUUCGGAUUCGAAGGACCUGAAAUGCAAACUUAUACUACCAGCAUGAUAGAUAAAGCAGUUCAAACAGUUCGGGAAGAAAACAAAGAAAUGUUACAGAAAUAUUUCGAAAGCUUCGACGCGGAAGAAUAUGCAGCGACCCAGAAAAGAAGCCGGAGGCUGGUACUGAACCAUGGCGACUUCAAACCGAGUAACUUAAUGCACAAAAAGCUUGACGAUGGCUCCUAUGACAUCAAGGUCGUAGACCUCCAGACAAUGCAGGGCGGCAGUCCAGUCAACGACCUAAUAUACUUCAUCUUCACUGGCUCCGAUGAGAAAUUCCGCUCGCAGUACUUCGACAAGUUGGUGGACUACUACUACUCAGAGCUCAGUGCCGCCAUGAAGAGGCUGCAGCUCAACCCUGACGAGAUCUUCUCCCGAGAAGACUUCGACUAUGAGAUUAACGAGAAGCUGCCAUUCGGUCUCGCUCUGGCUACGUUCCUCAUACCAGUCGUGACAGUGGACACUGAGAAUGCCCCCCAGGUUGACGAGUCCCUCGACAUCUCCAGUUUCAACGUGGAGAAGACCAGCGACCUGUACGCGGAGAGACUGAACGGAGUGGUCAACGACUACGUCAAGUGGGGCAUUCUCAAAUAA